CCCGUCUUUGACUUACAUAACAAGUCAAGCAUGCCACCACGCAUUGCGCUGCCAAGGGCCCAUUUCCAAAACCUCAACUCCAUGUCUACAAGUAUUCAGCUCGAUCAAUAACUCAUACACGCCGGUGGUUUGGCAUUUGCCCUGGAGCUGCUCCCACUAAUCUGCUUUUUUUUCACUUCUUCCUUCUAGUUUCUAGCUCAUCCAUUCACGCAGCACACAGGACAGUUUCCUACACAUAUUUGUCGCCGUUGCCUGUGCCACCUUAGACGAGAGACUUCAUCCGCCAAACGACCAUCCCUUUGACCCCCUGCCUCACUCGCCGCCGCCAACGGCGUACCUCACAGAAACGUCUAGUGAGGCUCUCGCCACUGCUCAUGCCGACGGCAAGAAUUGCGACACAGUAAAAAAAGACACCGUUACGUUCCAGUCGAAUUGUCCGCCGAGCAUCACCGCCUGCAAAACAGACAUUUGACCGAACAAGCUCCCAUCCUUCCACGGCUUAAUGGCGGCUGCGACGGCUUCUUCGCCGCCCGUCAUGUCUCCGACUGCAAGCCCGAAUCAUCUUCGAAAGCACUUGUCACCCGAGCGACUGACUUUCGGCGACGAUGGGGGCCGCAAUCCAGUAUCGGCAAGAAUUCGGGAUGCUCCCGCCUCCCCAGUCAGGGUGAACUUUCAAGCCGACAACUGGGCCCAGCCAUCGAAUGCGAACAUUGAGUUGGCGCAACCCUAUCAAGCAGAGUUUUCCACAGUCGAUCGUCCUCGAGAACAAAACGUCCCGACCCCUCCUCAAGACACCUACAAGACCUACGAUCGGUCCCCGGGACGACAGACAUUGCCUCCACUCAAGACCUCCCCCUCGUACACUGCCGAGCCCGAGGACCUGAAUCCUGCGAGUUCCCCCACGUCCAACAAGGCUGGCCAUGAGCAAUCCCACCCGCGGGAGCGCCACACACAGGGUUCGGAUAGCUUCAGCCCACACAGCAGCGCACCGCGGGUGCAAGAUGGCAACCGUCACAGUCGAGAGUCGGCCACCACCACCUCGAGCACUACACAACAACAAGCAUCGGCAGAAUCAUCCGCGACAACGAGUGCAAGCUCCAUUUCUGGCGGCCUCAAUGAGCUAUCUGAGUACAAGGAAGAUGAGUCUCCCGAGAGCUCUGUCGUGGAGGGCAACAUGCCGGGGAACCACUCCGUUCCCAUGUUCCAAUACUACCACCACCAGGAGUAUCCUCCCCGCGUCUCGAGCGUCCCUCAAGAACUCGAUACCCGUCGAUCGUCCUCUAACCCCAGCCUCAACGCCGACGGAACGCCCGCCAACCGUCACUUGACACCAACGGGGUUCGCCAGGAGGACCUCGAUGCCGCGUCCGUCAUCGGCAUACUCUGCGAUCUCGGACUAUACGCCUAGAGGGCGUUCCCCAGCUCUGAUGUCCGGAGGGUCCCAGAUGCGCACGCCGUCCGGUACUCGAAGAUCCCCGGAAACCAGGCCAGCAUCAUAUGCCGAAUUGUUGAACGUGCCAUAUCCACAACCGGCUCCUGCCCCCAUUAGCUUCGACAACAACCAGUUACGGAGUGCAGUCGGCAACAAUGCUUCGCUUCUCAGUUCUCAGAAGACCCUUGAGAUGUAUCGCCAGAAUGUCAAGAAGACCAACGAUUUCUCCAUCCAGUACUCAUUUGCUGUCUUCCUGAUCUCCACGGCCCAAGAACAAGGCCUCGACACGAGCGAGCCAGCACCGCGCAAAGCAAACUCCAGCCCCAAGAACGCAUCUACGUCGACUCCUUACGACCUCCUCCGUGAGGCCAAGGGCAUUCUUCAGAAACUUGCCAGCGGUGGCUACCCCUUUGCCCAAUACUAUCUAGCCGAUGGAUAUGCCUCUGGUCUGUUUAGCAAGGGAAAGGAGGAUUACAACCAGGCGUUUCCUCUCUUUGUUCUCGCCGCAAAGCAUGGCCACGCCGAAUCCGCAUACCGCACUGCGUUAUGCUACGAGUUCGGAUGGGGUUGUCGCAAAGAUCCUGCAAAGGCCGUCCAAUUCCUGCGCAUGUCUGCAUCGAAGCGUCAUCCUGGCGCCAUGUCCCGGCUCGGCAAGGCUUGUCUGUCUGGCGAUUUAGGCGAGAAGCGAUACCGCGAAGGUAUCAAGUGGAUGAAGCUUGCAGCUGAGGCGGCCGAUUCCGUCUACAGCGCAGCCCCCUACCAGCUAGGGUGCUUGUACGAGACGGGAUAUGGCGACGACAUCUUCAAGGAUGAGGUCUACGCAGCCGAGCUGUUUACCGCUGCCGCAGAGCUGGGUCACCCGGAAGCCAAUUUCCGCAUGGGAGAGGCUUACGAACACGGCAAGCUCAGCUGUCCUCGGGAUCCCGCGUUGAGUGUGCACUUUUACACUGGCGCUGCCGAGCGUGGACAUGCGGCGGCCAUGAUGGGUCUUUGCGCGUGGUACAUGGUUGGUGCAGAGCCAAUCCUGGAAAAGGACGAGGAGGAGGCUUACGAAUGGUCGCGCCGUUCAGCCGAAAUGGGAUACGUCAAGGCGCAGUACGCUGUAGGCUACUUCACAGAAAUGGGUAUCGGCUGCCGGCGCGAUAUCCUAGAGGCCAAUGUAUGGUACGUCAAGGCCGCCGACGCAGGCGACGAACGUGCGAAACAGAGGCUUGCUAUAAUCGAGGCGGCUGUCAGCGGCGGGACGCCGAUGGAAGUUGCGCCGCCUCGCAGUGGAAAGAUCAACAAGAAGAGUGGCGACGACAAGGACUGCAUAGUGAUGUGAGAGAGUGCAUCGGGGCACCGACGGAGAGAGAUAUGUCACACCGGCGUUGGUUGGGCUUGAGGGUAUGGAAUCCCAACUUCACUAAUGAUUGAGAGGGGCGUCUCCAUAUCUGGAGAUAUCCCAAGGCACGAACUUGUUGUCGACAACGUUUUUUUGCGACUGUUGGAUACCAGACGAAGAUUGCGCCUAUUGGCAUAUUUCCGUCUUUCUUCUUUUUCUCGCACUACCAGACAUUUAUGAAAAAAGAGGAUGGGACUUCCCAGGCGGGUUUGACGGGGCACAACGCGGACGCUGCGCAUUGAAUGAAAGAAUCGCGUUGUUUGUUUUCUUUCCAUGUCUGUCUCUAUGGGCUCAGGAUUAUCCAUCUCUCUCUCCCCACUGCAUUUUCGGUCUUUUUCCCACUUUGGUCUUUUUUUUCCUCCUUGGGAGGGUCUUUUCAUGAAACUGCAUUUGCAUGGCAUGGGGAUACGGGGAAUACACACAGAUGCUUCAAGGCCCAAGCAUGGUCAGGACUGCUGACAACUUGUGUGCUCCGGAUUCCACUGCAAAGGGGCGUUCAGAGAGGGGAGACUACAUUGCAAUAAAAUCGGACGGACGGACGGACGGACAAACAGACAGACAGACAGACAGACAGGCAGGCAGGCAGACUGACACACGGCUCGUGUAGGUGUGUACAUGCCUGGCUGGACAUUCAGAGGAGCCUGUACAUACGAGAUACCAUAAUCCCCUGUCUCGGACAGGCGUCUUGAAGAUCUUUUGGCUUCGUGUUAAUUUCGUGGCGACGAACGGUA